AUGACGUGCGGCGAGGAGGGAGUGGGAGAGCAGGCGCGCACUUCGGAGCCUCCUUCCUCCUGCUCCCUCAGUUACCACACACAGGGACAGGCGGGGAGCGCUCCGCAGCCGGCCGGCAUAUAUAAACAAAGGCACAUUGCGUCGUCUUGGGCGCCUCGCUCAGUCCCGGCUCUUGCGGCGGCAGCGACGAGCGGGAGCUGCGGCCGCUCUCCACGCCGGCUACCCCGCGUGCUCUUUUUCCUCCUCCUCCUCGCGUCCCUCCAAUGCCUCAGGACGGAGCAUCCCCCAGGACUGAAGCUUCUCCGGAGCCUUGGGCUUUCGCCUCAGCUGCGCCUCAGGUCUGCGCCCGCCUGCUGCCGUUUUGAGGGAAAUCAAGCGUUUGACAAACUACAUGUAAAGACGGAACCGCUACAGCAGCCGAAGCCCAGGUCGGAAGAGCCCUCUGUCGUGAGCCCCGGCUCCACCCCUGCCCCCACCGAGGAGGGAUCACCGACGCAGCACCCAUCGCUUGCCCCACCUCUCCCAGCAGCCUCAGCCAUUGUCCAGCAAGCCACCCCCACCAUUCAGCAAGCAAGCCACCCUCCAGAUAUGCCCUGUGUGCAAGCCCAGUACAGCCCUUCGCCUCCUGGCUCAAGUUAUGCAGCCCAGACCUUCGCCUAUGGCUCUGAAUACAAUCCUGAGAUUAUGAACCCUGAUUACACGAAGCUGACCAUGGAGCUAACCAGUGCUGAGAUCAGUGCCACAGCUACCACCUCUCUGCCUAGCUUCAGCACUUUUAUGGAGGGCUAUGCUGGGGGCUAUGAGCUCAAACCUUCCUGCCUAUACCAAAUGCAGCCUGCCUCCUCAUCUUCCUCAUCUUCCUCCUCUGCAAGCCAGAGGCCCCUCAUCAAAAUGGAAGACAAUCGGAUGCAUGGCUACCAUCCUUCAUUGCCGCCUCCUACAGAAGAAAGCAUGGCCAACGCUUCCAUGUACUUCAAGCAGUCCCCACCUUCCACACCUACCACCCCUGGGUUUCCACCCCACCAGGCCCCCUGGGAUGAACCACCACCACCACCCCUUCCACCAGCACAGACUUGCAUGGCCCCCAGCCAUCUGAUGGACACUGCCCCUAUGAAAACUGUGUCUGGUCGCUUUCCACUCUUUCAUUUUAAGCAUUCACCACCUCACACUCCCACUGGCAGUGCCCACAUGUGCUAUGAUACCACAUCCUUGAACUUACCUAUUGGGUCGGAGAGACCCCCUGCUAGCCAAGCUGCUAUGGAAAGCCACCCAUAUGGGCUUCCAUUGUCCAAGCGGACAGCCACCUUAACCUUUUCACCACUGGGCCUCAAUGCAGCCACCUCCAGUCUUCUGGGUGAGAGCAGCAGCGGCAGCAGUGGCCUCCCCUCUCCACACAGCAGAAGUUCUUCAUCCGGUGAAGGCACUUGCGCUGUGUGUGGGGACAAUGCUGCCUGCCAGCACUAUGGGGUGCGAACAUGUGAGGGCUGCAAGGGCUUUUUUAAGAGGACAGUUCAGAAAAAUGCAAAAUAUGUUUGCUUGGCUAAUAAAAACUGCCCAGUGGAUAAGCGUCGUCGAAACAGAUGUCAAUACUGCCGAUUUCAGAAGUGUCUCAGUGUCGGCAUGGUAAAGGAAGUUGUCCGUACUGACAGUCUGAAAGGAAGAAGAGGUCGGCUGCCUUCAAAACCAAAGAGUCCUUUACAGCAAGAACCGUCCCAGCCGUCACCACCUUCCCCUCCAGUCAGCAUGAUAAAUGCUCUUGUACGAGCUUUGUCCGAUUCUGCACCCAGGGAACUUGAUUAUUCCAGAUACUGUUCCACUGAGCAAGCUUCUGCAGGUACCGACGCAGAACACGUCCAGCAGUUCUAUAAUCUUCUUACUGCCUCCAUUGACAUAUCCAGGAGCUGGGCUGAAAAAAUUCCAGGAUUUACAGACCUCCAAAAGGAAGAUCAAACUUUACUCAUAGAAUCAGCUUUCUUAGAGCUUUUUGUAUUGAGGCUCUCCAUCAGAUCUGACACUGCUGAGGAUAAAUUUAUUUUCUGCAAUGGACUUGUGCUUCAUAGACUUCAGUGCCUUCGUGGAUUUGGGGAGUGGCUCGACUCAAUUAAAGACUUUUCCUUAAAUUUACAGAGCCUCAACCUUGACAUCCCAGCCUUAGCAUGCUUAUCAGCUCUAAGUAUUAUUACAGAACGGCAUGGAUUAAAAGAACCAAAGAAAGUGCACGAGCUAUGCAACAAGAUCAUGAGCAGUUUGAAAGAUCACUUAGCCUUCAGCUGCCAGAGCAAAGGACAACCGUUUGAGUCCGCAGAGUCUAAGGUACUCGGUGUCCUUGCUGACUUGCGCUCCCUCUGCACGUUAGGACUGCAACGUAUCUUUUACCUGAAAUUGGAGGAUUUGGUGCCACCCCCUUCCAUUAUUGACAAGCUCUUUCUGGACACCUUACCUUUCUGAGGUUCACAGCUGCCCUUAUGAAAAACAACUGUCUAUCAGAGCAGGCAAAAAGACUGGAAAUUUACUGCUAACCACACUCCUGUCAUCUAAUGAGGUGCUGGGAGCCAAUCCAGCCCUAAGCAGUGGACUUAUCUUUAGGAAUUUCCUGGCAAACUAACACCUAAAGCAUAACUUACUUUUCUGGAGAUGAGGAAUUGGAGAGGGAGGGGUUGAGUACAGUUUCUGUUUUAAAAGCUGAUAUAGCACUUUUGGAUUAUGCUACCACAGCAGGAGAAAGAAGAUAUUAAUACGACUGUUUAAAAGCUGUUGCAUAGCACCUCAUCUUAGUUGGUGAGUAGAAAAUUGUAGAUGCUCUAUGUUUGAGAACAGGAACAAUAAAAAAAAUUGUUCAUCCGGGUAGUAUGUAUUUUAUAGUUUAUACCUUUAGCCUAUUUCUGUGCCAGGAGACACAAUGCUGGCACAAACUAAUAUGCUUCCUUUCCAUUCCUUUCCUAACAAUGUUCACUGUUUCAUAUAAAUCAGAUAUAGCAAAACGACAAUGGCUGUUAGCUCCCAUGCUCAAGUGCAAUUUUUAAAGUGCUGUCUUACGAAGUCUUGUUUAUUAACUAUAAUUUAUUUUAGUACAGAAAUUAAAGUGGUAGAAAUAAAAGUGAUUGGAAAAGGUUUUGCAUUCACUAACUUCCAUGACAACAUUUCUCAAAAUUUGGAUUAAUGUAGCGUGAUUUACUGACUAUAAUAGGCGGAAGGCAAGACAUAGGGCAAGCUGUGAAGGACUCACAACACAAGCUUACUCCUUAGCAGAUUAAGCAAAGAACAGAGCAUAGUAACUGAAACAGCCAGAGUCAGCAUCAGGCACAGUUAAAGUUAGAACUAAGCUAGGUGGAUUGGUUAGUGAACAGACAUCACAAAGUUUGGAAGAGAACCAGUCUUGCAAAUGAACAUAAAUGGCAGGAAGGGUUCAAGGGGCUGCGUUUUAAACAUUCCAUGUAUGUACCCUCCCUAUUUUGUAUGUUUAUACUGUUGAUGCCAUAUUAAUAUGAAACAAUUUGUUGCAUAGUGUCCUUAUUUGUAUAAAUAUUUGUAUGCAUGAUAUAUUGUAAAGCUUCGCCUGUAUUUAUUGCUAUGACCGCCAGCUCAUGGGAGCCGUGUUACACAGAGUGGCUAAAUAGUGUGUUCACACUGACUCAGUUAUAUAAUGGGUGUGGGUUUGGGUGUGGGUAGUCUCACACACAUGCACAUGCAUGUGUGUAUUUUUAUUAACCAGUUGUAUAUAAAGGCUGUCCUUUCACAAGCAAACCUUAUCUUACUGUUUAUUUGCAGUGACUUUUAAGGCAGUACGAUUUAGCACUUUGAUAUUAAAAAUCCUGUUCAUGUUUUGCUAACUUAAAUAAUAUUUAAAUAUUUUCGUUCUUUACAAAAAAAAUUUAUAUGCACUGUAUUAAGUCAAGGUUUGAUUGAUCAUUUUGCUAAGAAAAAAAAACCUUUUUGAAUGUCGAUCUGAUGUCCCUGUAUUUUUUGUUAGUUUUGAACAGUCAACAGUAAUUUUGUCCUUUUUUAACUAUGUCGUUUAUAUGGAAAUUAAAUUAUACAAUCAAAUAUAUACCAAACUAACUGCCUAAUAGCUGCAGUGGAUAACCUAGAUAUCGAGAUAUAAUCGGUUUUCAAAAAGUUGCUGAGGUUUCAUCAUUUAAUGUGUUUGGAUGUGUUUUGGGGUGGGGUGGGCAAUUAUUCUUUUAUCAAGAUUGGUAAUAGUGUCAAUAGAGAAACAGGCUUCUAAUCAUUAUUUCUAAUACUUUCAGUUUACCUGCAUAUAAUAUUUGAAAACGUAUUUCUUUUUUGUAUUGACUUUAUGUGCAAACAGAAUAGCAUAAUUAAAAAUGAGAGGAAACUGAUUUUUCUUGUAGGCUGAUCUCACUUGCCAUAUCCAGCAAGGCAAACUAUUGUGAUUUUUAAUUUGAAUUUUUGCACCUCUUAUGUACACAAUCACAAUAGAAUUUUAACACUGUGCUAAUAUUUUGGCACAUGUACUACCAUUACCCCCACUGAAGUUAAUAGGAACUUUUCAUUGGGUUUCAUGUUUCAUUCAUAUUACAGUAGAAUGUCAUCUUAUGCUGCAAAUUUUUUACAAGAGAUAGGAAAACCACUUUUCAUAUUAAAAUAAAAAAGAAGAAAGUUCAUAAGACUUCCUCAGACCGAAAUCUGUGUUGUCCCAUAGAACAACAUUUCUUUUUUUUUAAAGCAACAUAAAUUUAUUAGAAAUAAUAUGUUUUGUAACUGAAAGAUUUCAGAACCCUCUGUUUAAGGUAAUCAUUAUGCUUCAAAGUCCAUGGAUUUUUUUCAACAUGCGGCUUUUGCGGUGCAUCUUUGUUACAUAUUUUCAAAUUUCAUCAACAUUUCUUCAUCGAGUAGGAUCACUGAUAAAUCUCAACAGAAAGGAAGGUUUAAAGUCACUCAUUUUAUUCCUUUUCUUAAGAAUCCUCAGCAUGAAGAUGCCUUGUUUCAUAGGCUAAAAUCAGGAAUUUAACAGUUGUUAAAAGGAGAGUGCCUUGCUUUUAUUUCACAAGACAGAGUGCUUCAGAUAGUCCUCUGCUCCUUUAGCAGCAGCAGAGAGAGAGAGAGAGAGAGGAAGAAACAGAGGAAGUGUAUUGUCUGUGUGCAUGCUCAUGUGUGUAUGUGGGGGGAGGGAGAGAGGGGAGAUGAGUAUGAGAGUUAACCUGUGGGGUCGGAAGAAAUGCUGUUGUACAUACCCAAUGUAAAUUAAAACGAUUAAAUUGAAUGACAUUUUUCUCAGA